AGAAGCAAUGGCUACCGAAGCCAUUCCCUCAGAGAUCAUAGAAGGACAACGAAGAAAGUUGCUUGAAAUCCUCCAGCAGGAUCCUGAUUCCGUUUUAGACACAUUAACCUCUCGGAGGCUGAUUUCUGAGAAAGAGUAUGAGGCUCUAGACAAAGUUACAGAUCCACUGAAGAAAAGUAGGAAGUUGUUAAUUUUGGUACAGAAAAAGGGCGAGGGGAGCUGCCAGGAUUUCCUCAGGUGUUUGUCCAGCACUUUUCCAGAGUCAGCUGCCGCCUGUGACUUUCAGCAUGAAUUUUUACAACAUGAGACUAUAGCACCUCUAUCUAUGGGGGUAAGCAAGAAUUCAGAAGAUACAUUUUUCCCUGGGAAGAAAAAACCUGAGAAUCCUGAGAUCACAAUGUUCACCAAUGAGAAGGAACAGUUGAAUUUGGAAACUUUCAAGUUUUUCAGGAAUAAGGAAACUGCUUUGUCCACUAAGGAUAAUGAGAAGGAAUGUGACACACCAAAAGUCACAUUGCCAUAUCCAGUUGAAAAAGUUAAAUAUGAAAUCCCAGCAACUAUUACAUAUUUAAAGGAUGGACAGAGAUAUGAGGAGCCAGAUGAUUCUUUGUACUUAGGAAAAGAGGACUAUCAAGAACCUAUCAGAUACCCUGAAGAUGCAGAAAUGACUGGGAAAGAGGGGGAUUAUGAUGACCCUGAUCACAUUGUAUAUGAUGGUGAAGAGGACCUUGAUUAUUCAGAAACCACAGCAUUAUCUGAUGAAGAGCACAAUUAUGAUGAUUCAGAAAUCAGCAUUUCAUUGGAGGAGGAAGAGGAGAAGGAAGAAAAAAAUAUGGAAGAAAGAAAAAAGGUAUUUAAAGAUGUCCUGUCCUGUUUGAACAUAGAUAGAAGCAGAAAGAUUCUGCCAGAUUUUGUUAAACAGUUCUCCUUAGAUCAAGGAUGUGGGUGGACACCUGAGAUUCCAGGAGACUUAGCUUGGAAUUUCCUAAUGAAAAUUCAAGCACUGGAUGUGACAGCAAGAGAGUCAAUCCUCAGGCACAGGGUUCCUGAUGAAGAUAACAAAGAUGAACUGCUGACUGGAAUGGAAAAUUUGGGAAUUCAAGACAUACAAGCUAUUAAUCCUCUUGAUGUCCUUUGUGCCUCCAUGCUGUGUUCAGACAGUUCUUUGCAACGUGAAGUCAUGUCCAACAUGUUUCAAUGCCAGUUUGCCCUUCCCCUGCUACUACCAGAUGCAGAAAACAACAAAAUCAUCUUAAUGCUGGGGGCCAUGAAGGGCAUUGUGAAGAAGCAGUCAACACAGUCUUCAGGAAGGCCCACAGGUGACACGGAAAAGUUUCUGACUCUCAUGAAGAUGCCUGUCAUCUCUUUUGUGCGUCUAGGAUACUGUAGCUUCUCCAAGUCCAGAAUCCUCAACACACUGCUCAACCCUACCCAAUUGGAAUCACACAAAAUCUUCCUCCAUCAUGAUUUGUCUGAUCUGGUGCUUCCCAGACAAAUAUCUGAUGGCCUGGUUGAGAUAACAUGGUGUUUCCCUGAUAGUGUUGAUCUAAAGGAAAGCUGUAAUUUUUUCCAAAAGCCUGUUGCUGUGGCCAACCUUCGUGGAGAUUUAGAAAACUUUUGGAUUCAGUUUGGUUUUUUGAUGGAAGUUUCCUCAGCUGUGUUUUUUUUCACUGACUAUAUAGGUGAGAAGGAAUGGAACUUGCUAAUGUUUUUAGGAGAAGCUGCCAUUGAAAGAUGCUACUUUGUCCUCAGUCCCCAGGCCAGGAAGAGUGAAGAGGCUCAGAUUUUCCAGAGGAUCCUUAAAUUGAAGCCAUCACAACUAUUGUUUUGGGAGGGGGAGGAAGCUGAGGACAGAAGGAAGAAUAUGAAGGCCCUUCAAACUGCUCUUCAGGAAGUGAUGGCCUCUUCAUUCAGAUGUGUGUCUAUGGAAGAUAUGGCCUUUCAAGCUAGAGAGUUGGGGAUUCAGGUAGACCAAGAUUUUGAGACCACUCAAGGGGUUCAGGUUUUCCAUAGUGAAAACAUGGCUAGGACAGCUGAAGAUGAAGGACAACAAAAACAUAGUCAGACAAAAAGCUUAUCUGAAAGCCCAGCUCAGAUGCCUGUAAGAGAGCCUGGAGAUAGGUAUGAAGUCAGCCAGAAUUUUCACCACAGUCCAGUUUUCUUGCCUCAUCAGGAAAACUGUUCCCUACCAACCAUAACUAGAGGUAAAUUUAACUCUGUUUCCUUGAAAGCCACAUGGGUUAUGGCCUCCCACUUUGGGUCAGAGCACAGGGGUAAGUGGUUCUGUCCUUUGCCCUUUCAGAAUUCAAGGGCUCAUACCUGGGGUAAAAGUUUUGAUAUUAAAUACUUCCAACCCCAGAGAUUUUAUUCAGGUGAAAGAUUCAUGAAAUUUUCAAAAACUCCUUGGAGACAUAACUUGCAUGGAACAUUUGGGAGAACACCAAGAUCCACUUCUCAGCAUUUUGGGGCCUGUUCUGAGAGACCACAAACAAUGGAAGCUCUUACAAGGUCUGGAGUCUCCCAGCUAGGUCACAUCCAUUUUCUGGGUUCACAGCUAGAAAGAGCAGUAAGAACGCCACAGCCUGGGCAUGCCCAUACUCAGGGAACACAGCUAACUGAAGCAACUAGGAAAUUAAUGAGAACAUCUCAUUUUAGACAUCCUUACUCUCAAUCAUUUCAGUCAGCAGGAGCCAUACAAAAACUGGUGAGACCUACUUCUCAUAAAGAAGCCCAACUAAUGACACAGGAUAAGCCUUCAGAUUCAGCUUUCCAAACAGGAUUCCAUUCCAUGUCUAGGAGUAAACCCAGCUCUCAGUUCAAAUCCCAUCAGCCCAUGGGAUCUCAAGUCAACCACUUCCAGUCCAAACUCUCCCAACCUGUGCCAUCUCAACCUAAACCUCCUCAUCUUCAAUGCUCUCAAGUUAAACCCUCUCCAUCCAAACCACCGUAUCCCCAGAUCUUCCAAGCUAAAUCUUCUUCAUCCAAACCACCUCAUCAGCAGUCCUCCCAAGCCAAACCCUCUUCAUCCAAAUCAUCUCAUUCCCAGUGCUCCCAAGCUGAACUUUUUCAUCCAAACCACCUCAUCCCCAAUCCUCCCAAGCUAAACUUUCUCCAUCCAAAUUCGUUCAGCCCAGGCCAUGCCAACCCCAGAACACCCAAUCUAAGUCUACUAAGUCCAAGCUCAAUCAACAAAAGUCAUGCCAGGCCAAUCCAUCACAGGCCAAGGCAUACCACCCAAGAGCAGGACCCAAAAGGGGAAAGCAUUAAAGAGCAAACUCCAGACACCUAUGAAAUGUGUUCUUUAAUCAGGCCAUUCUUAUCACAUGGUAACUCGAAGACUUGUGGUGAAGGUCAAAGACUAUUGGUAUUAGCAUGAUACAGACAAAAAUAUAAGCAAAGCCUAACUAGAUAUCAUUAAAAUAUCUAUAAAAGUUGUUUCCAUAAACAAAAGGAAAAUAUGAAAAUAAUUAAGAAUAGGAUCAAAUAAUAAAUAAAUAAUCAUUGAGUAUUAGGUAAUAUAUAACCUGAAUCCAGGAAUGGGGUGUUUGAAGUAGCCCCACUUGGAUAAGAAUGGGGUUAGAGUCUUUAAUUGCAAAGUGACGAUAAAAUACAGUUCCGGUUACAUGAAUGGUGCAAGAAAAGUUGCCCUAAAUGUUGACUGUUCCAGAGGUGCCUUGGUCAGAAGUUUGUGGCUCAGUAUCAGUUGCUGAACAGGUAACCCUUUUUAUUAGGGUAGUUAAAUCAGCUUGCUUGUUGUAUUAGCUCCAGUUUGCUUGCUGAUAAAACUCAUUUAACCCUUAUAAAUAGAAAUAGUGAGCUAGUAAUCAAAAAAUUAUCAUUUUGCAUUAACUUUUUUUUUCUUUUUGUUGCGGUACUGGGGUUUGAACUCAGGCAAGCACUCUACUACUUGAGCUACUCCACCAGCCGUGCAUUAACUUUAAAAGUGAUUGAUCUGUGUUUCAUAUUUUAAUUAUUUGUAAUAUUUAAGAAAAAUUUGGCAGAUGAAUAUUAUUAGCUUCAUGAUUCUAAUUAAAAAUGUGUCAUUGAGUUUUAAGUUUAGAUUUUAAAAAUUAGGAUAAAUUUGCAAAGUUUAUUUAAAAAGUUCAUAAAAAGUAUUGAAAUGUUUAAGAGAACUUAAGAGUCAUAGGACUUAUAAUUUUAUUAGAUUCAUAUUCUAAAUACUUGGAAAAGUUUGGCUAGUC